CUAUAUGAUUAUAUAGCACCAGAUUGUUACAUUGGAAGUAGUCAUGACUACACAGGAACCUACAGCAAAACUGUUUCCAACAGAGAUUGUCAAGGAUGGAACAAAAAUUACACACAUGCAGUAAGCCAUAAGCCAAUUUAUCAAAUAGACUAUUCUACAAAUUACUGCCGUGCCACUGAAAUUGGAGACAAGUUAUGGUGUUAUACUACAGACCCAAGCACAGACUAUCAAUUUGAAAACUGUUCAAUUAUUCCAUGUUUUGCUUGUGGUGUUAUGGAUUCGCCACCUACUAGACUUCCGAAUUCAAUUUUGGUUGUUUCAUUUACCCAUGUUGUAGUAUCAACAUUUCAGUGUAAAUCAUUUACACAGGGAUUCUCACAGAAACACUGUCCAGUAUCUACAUGUAGAAGCGAUGACCAAUGGUCAACGGAUUAUAAUAUUUCAUGUACAAACGAAGACUGUUUCACACAAAGCACUGGAUACAAGGGGAAAGUACAAUGUACGGUAUCUGGUAUUACAUGCCAAAAUUGGAACAAGAAUACACCUCAUGUACCAAAAUUUCAACUUGAUGUCUCUGCAUCCAACUAUUGUAGAGAUCCGCCAUCGACUGGCCGCCCUUGGUGUUAUACAACAAACCCAGGUUUAAGAUGGGAAUUUUGUCCUGUUCCAACGUGCUGAAAUAUUGAAAUCAUUUGGUAAAGCUAAAAAAUGUACAGAAAUGAAAGAAACCUAAAGAUUUAAAUGUCUGUUUGUUUGGUGUCGUUGUUUAUCUUAGACAAAAUUUAAUUCAUGAAAAAAUCUGAACUUAAGUUUCAGUGUGAUUUUAAAUUUAAGUUGCUUAGAAGACGAUUUUGAUUGAUUUCAAACAUCCAUGAAACGUGGGGAUUUGAAAAAUGUUUAAAAUCACGUGAAGGAGAAGAACUAUCAUUUGUUGUAUAUUGUGCACUUAUUUAUAUAAAUAUUUCAAUGUAAUGUCUUUUAAUGUA